AUGUCGGCUCCUACGGAUUCGACCACGAACGGUGGUAGCGCCGCUCCUGGUAACGACUCAGGCCUCGAGCAACCUACCGAUGCCGUGCAGAUGAGCAAUAUCGCUCAGACAUCUGCGGUGGAUGAGAAGCCUGGAGCCGAGGCGACAACCGAUGCGCCCAAGGAGACUUCUGCUGUCGCGACGCUCUCGGUUAACCCUGUAUCUACCAGCCAAUCUACCGACCAAGGCGAGACGCCUACUCUGGACUCAUCAUCAAAAGGCAAACAGAUUGACAAUGCUCCCGAGCCUGCGGCCGAAUCAGAGGCUCUGAAAGUCGAGGAAGACAGCAAAGACGAUAUCGCUCAGCAGAAGGUUGCUAAGCAAGACGCUCCCAAGGACGUGUCCCCCAAGGAAGAUAGCCCCAAGGAAGAAAAAUCCAAAGAGGAAAAGCUGGAGGAAUCAGUCAUGGCCAUCGGCCCCGCUGAAGAGGAAAUCAAGCCGGCUGGAUCUGGACCCGACGGUCCAGUUUGCAACAUUACCCUGUUGCUAGCGUCUGGAGGCCGACACCCGUACAAGAUUGACGCGAAAUACCUAAGCAAAAGGCACGUUGACAUGCCCGAUCAGGACGACAGUGGCAACCCGGAUCCUUUCAGCAUCAGCAUCUAUACAUUGAAGGAGUUGAUUUUGCGAGAGUGGAGAUCCGACUGGGAGGCUAAACCGGCCAGUCCUAGCAGCAUACGACUGAUUCAUUUUGGUAAACUGUUAGAUGAUAAGGAGCAGCUGAAGAGGUACCAGUUCAGUUCCGAUAGCCCCAAUGUGGUCCACAUGAGCAUCCGGCCCCAGGACCUUGAUGAGGAGGAACCCAAGUCUGGGAGCAAGAGCCUCCCAGCUGGCACCACAGAUGGGGACCGUCGUGUGGUGCGGACAGUACUGACUGUUUAG